GUCAGGAAGUAGCGAACUAAUCGUAUUUUGCCGCACAGCAGACAAUUUAGUGGACGGUUGCCUUUACCCGUCAUAAAACUACCAUUUAAACCUGUUUUAAAUGCGCUAUCAGAUCACCAAUGAGAGCUGUUUUAACAGAAGAGAAAGAAGGCGACAGACAACGUGACAACGGGCCAGUUUUUGCAGGGCAUUCUGGUACUUGGAGUAUCGGGUGGGAUCAAUGCUCAAAAACUGCCAUUCAAGAAAAUAAUGGCGAUUAACGGUUGAAAGUGAGGGUUUUGGUUUUUAAGGAGAUGAGAGUGUCCCAGUGAGAGUGUUUUAGUGUCCCUUCCUUUUUAUUUAACAUACACAUUUUAAAUUAACAGUGAAUAAUGGCGUCUAACUUGAGUCGUGAACAAUUAGAAUGGGUUCUCAAACUGUUGCAGGUACAGUAAGAAAGACGGAAGGGAGGAAGGAGGUUAGGUGAAAAAGAUACCUGGAAAAGAGCAAUUGUGAGGGGUGAAAGGAAGGAAAGAAAAUUGCAGCAAAGAAAGCAUGUUACAAUGAAAGGGAAGUUUGGGGGAAGUAAGGAAGAAAGUUUCUUUUAAAGCGGGUCUUAGGUGGAAGGAAUGAGGUACAAAAGUCGCUUUAAUACUGUAUCAUGACGGAAGGAUGCAUGAGUAAAAAGCAACAAUGGAUGAAAAAGAUGCGAGAUAAAAAGAAUACUUUUGUCAUGUAAAAAUGCUAACUUCUCUUUACAUUUGUAAUAGUUUUAAAUGUUAUGUAUUUAUGGACAGUUAAAAAUGUUACAAUGUAACUUAAUUAAUCAUCUGAUGAGUGUUUUAAUUCAUUUUGGGGGGUGAAUUGGCCACUCAGUAACAACAAAUGCUGAGCACUUUGACAAGGAUCCCCACUCAGUAACAACAAAUGCUGAGCACUUUGACAAGGAUCCGUUUUGCGUAUUUGACUCUGGAAGGAAAAGGAGGUCAAUGUGUGCUCAUCUAUCAGGCAAACGCAACAUGCAUACGCUUGAAUUUUUGACACCGACGUGACACGGACACAACGACCGCCGCCAUGAGGAUGAAAGGUAAGGAGGGAGGAUGGGUGAAGUAAACAUGGAGAGGUAGGAAGAAAGAGAAAAAGGAAAUAUUGAAGGUGGGAAGUGAGAACGAAAUAAUUUGAGGAUGGAUCCAUGCUUGUAUUUUUGCAAUCUCGCAGUGGCAUCACCACUUUGGAGCGAGCGGACCCAGAGAAACGUACAGCGCAGCCAGCUUUCUUAACCGGCUGGAUUGAUCGUGAGUGAAAUGGGUGUCUGUCGAGAUCCAUUCCGGUCCAAAGAAUCUUUGUGAUGAAGCACCCGCGCGAUGUCCGCUUGUCACUGCUGAUCCUCCUGUCCUCUCUCACAUCCGUCAGCUCACAAGUCAACCCAGGUGUGUGUCGGUACCCCUUGGGAAUGUCUGGAGGACAGAUUCAGGAUGAGGACAUCUCCGCCUCCAGCCAGUGGUCCGAAUCCACCGCUGCUCGAUAUGGCAGAUUGAACUUCGAAGAGGGCGAUGGCGCCUGGUGUCCAGAGAUCACGGUGGAGCCGGAUAACCUGAAGGAGUUCCUGCAGAUUGACUUGCGCUCACUCCACUUCAUCACCCUGGUGGGCACCCAGGGUCGCCACGCCGGCGGCAUCGGGAACGAGUUCGCCCAGAUGUAUAAGAUCAAGUACAGCCGCGAUGGCAGUCGCUGGAUCUCGUGGAGAAACCGGCAGGGCAAGCAGGUGAUUGAGGGGAACAGGAACGCCUACGACAUCGUGCUGAAGGACCUCGAGCCCCCCGUCGUCGCUCGAUUCGUACGCUUCAUGCCCGUCACAGACCACUCCAUGAAUGUCUGCAUGAGGGUGGAGCUGUACGGCUGCGAAUGGCUGGAUGGGUUGGUGUCAUACAACGCUCCGGCGGGCCAGCAGAUGAAUAUACCCGAGCACGUCGUCUACCUCAAUGACUCUGUCUACGAUGGAGCCAUCAUCUACAGUAUGACAGAGGGCUUGGGCCAGCUGACGGAUGGCGUGUGCGGACUGGACGAUUUCACAGAGAGCCACGUGUACAACGUGUGGCCCGGCUACGACUACGUGGGUUGGAGCAAUCAGAGUUUCCCUGGCGGAUACGUGGAGAUCAUGUUUGAGUUUGACCGCAUACGAAAUUUCACCACAAUGAUGGUUCACUGCAACAACAUGUUCACCCACAACGUUAAGGCCUUCCAGCACGUGGUCUGCUACUUCCGCUCCGAGUCAGACUGGGAGGCCACGCCACUCGCCUUCAGUCCCUCGGUGGACGACGAGGACCCCGGCGCGCGCUUCGUCCCCGUCCCGUUGGCCAAUCAUAUGGCUAGUGCCAUCAAGUGCCAGUUCUACUUUGCAGACGUCUGGCUGUUGUUUAGCGAGAUCACCUUCCAGUCAGAUACUGCCAUGUAUAACACAACGCUGACUCCUCCCAAGGCAGGACUUCCGCCCAUCAUCCAGCCUGAGGAUGACCCAACUCAUAAAGUGGACGACAGCACUACGCGCAUUCUGAUCGGCUGUCUGGUGGCCAUCAUUUUCAUCCUGGUGGCCAUCAUCGUCAUCAUCCUGUGGAGGCAGGUGUGGCAGAAGAUGUUGCAGAAGAGCGAGACCUUCGCCUACAGUCACAACCAGUCGAGCGGCGGCACCAGUGAACAAGAGUCCAGCUCCACCUACGAGCGCAUCUUCCCGCUGGGCCCAGACUAUCAGGAGCCCUCACGGCUUAUAUGCAAGCUGCCCGAAUUCGCACAGAACUCAGAGGAACCUGCUUCCAGCAGCACGGUGGUCCAAGACGGUGUGCCACACUAUGCUGAGGCGGACAUCGUCGCCUUGCAGGGAGUGACCGGCAGCAACAUGUACGCCAUCCCGGCACUCGCCAUGGACUUGCUCUCCGGGAAGGACAUGGCGGUUGAGGAGUUCCCGAGGAAGCUGCUCACGUUCAAAGAGAAGCUGGGAGAGGGGCAAUUCGGAGAGGUGCACCUAUGCGAGGCAGAGGGAAUUCAGGAGUUUAUGAAUAAAGAGUUUUUAUUUGACGUGCCAGAAGAAGCGACAGUUUUAGUGGCGGUGAAGAUGCUGCGGUCAGAUGCGAGCAAAAAUGCAAGGAACGACUUCUUGAAAGAGAUCAAGAUCAUGUCUCGCCUGAAGGACCCCAACAUCGUUCGCCUGUUGGCCGUGUGCAUCUACAGCGACCCCUUGUGCAUGAUCACAGAAUACAUGGAGAACGGAGACCUCAACCAGUUUUUGUCCCGCCAUGAGCCAGAGGGACAGUUGGCGCUACUCAGCAACGCGGCCACAGUCAGUUUCGGCAACCUGUGCUACAUGGCUGCCCAGAUAGCGUCGGGCAUGAAGUACCUCUCCUCGCUCAACUUUGUGCACCGCGACCUGGCCACGCGCAACUGUCUGGUGGGCAAAAACUUCACCAUCAAAAUUGCCGACUUUGGCAUGAGCAGGAACCUGUACAGUGGCGACUACUACCGCAUCCAAGGCCGAGCGGUGUUGCCCAUCCGCUGGAUGUCCUGGGAGAGCAUUCUACUGGGGAAGUUCACCACAGCGAGUGACAUGUGGGCCUUCGCGGUCACCCUGUGGGAGAUAUUGAAUUUCUGCAAGGAGCAGCCUUACUCGCAGCUCACCGACGAGCAAGUCAUUGAAAACACGGGAGAGUUCUUCAGAGAUCAGAAAAGACAGAUUUACCUACCACAGCCUGUUCUAUGCCCAGACUCGCUCUACAAAGUCAUGCUGGACUGCUGGAGGAGGAACGCCAAGGAAAGGCCGUCCUUUCAGGAAAUACACAGAGUCCUCCUGGAAAUACAACCAUAGGCCCGCUGCGACGUUUGAGGCAGAUAACGACCGUGUGUGUCUGACGCGAUCCAGGCUUAAGCUACUUGCGGGCGUCACCCCGUGUUAGCGUUUGGAGAACACUGUGCGGCGGACGUAUAUGAGACGGACCGACCGUAGACACUCGUCCACAUAUUCCUAAACAAAACACAACACAAUGUACGGUUGUGCUACUCCUGUUUAACUGUAGCAAGUGACAUCCUGCACUUUUCAUGUUGUACAUUGAAAUAUGAAGUUGAAAUGUCACAUUUUAAGGUGACCAAAGACUUAUUUUUGUGUGUGUUAUUGUUCGGAAGACUGCUUGAAUGUAGCGGGGCGGGGGACAAUUGCAGCAGAUUUCAAGUGUUUCAUCUCAAGUCUCAUUGUGGAAUAAGAAGGAAACGUCAACGUCUGUAACGUCAUUCUUUCUUUGUCACUGUGCUGUCUCAAUGACGGUGUUUUUACGUUUUAACUACCAGUAUUUUGUACUCAUAUUUAUAUCUGUUGAUUUUCUGUUUCUGUGUGAUUUAUGUAUUUGUGUAUGAAUAUGCGCCUGUCUUUCAUGUUGGGAGUACUUUCUUGGAUGAGUAAUCUAACCACAAGUGGGUGGAUGGACAAUGCAAGAUAUGUCAGGAAGUAGAGCUGCUGGGAUAGAGGUCUACACGUUGUCAUGGGAACGGGGGCUGAAAAGUGUGUUACCUGCGCUGAGAAGGGCCAUGCAUGUGUGUUAAAUGUUAAGAUUUUAAUAGGGUUAAGUGGGGGUAGAUAAAUGUUUGUGUGUACAACAUUGUAAAUGGAAAUGUCUUUAUACUGUAUGUGUUAACAAACGUUGUACACUUGAUUUGUGAAAUAAAACGUGGAAUUCGAUCCCGAGUUAA